AUGAGAGGCAUUCAGGUGGCACAGUACGUCAAGGGCCCUCAAGAGCUGAAGGUCACGGAACUUCCAGACCCUACGCCUGCUGCAGAUGAGUACUUAAUUGAAGUUCACGCCGCGGCAACGAAUUUCUUCGACAUUCUCCAGAUUCAGGGCAAAUACCAGCAUCAACCACCAUUCCCCUGGGUAUCAGGUGCCGAGUUCGCCGGCGUUGUUCUCGCCACCCCUUCCGGUUCCAAGAACCCCAAGUUCCCUGUUGGCUCCCGUGUGUUUGGAGCUAGCCAGGGUGCCUACGCUACCAAAGUCAAGGCCAAGGAGGUGACACUCCUCCCAGCUCCCGAGGGCUGGUCGCUUGUGGAUGCCGCUGGCCUCUUUGUGACAGCACCAACGAGUUAUGGUGCCCUCGUUGUCAGAGCCGGGGUGAAGAAGGGUGACUACGUCCUUGUUCACGCUGCGGCCGGUGGUGUCGGUCUAGCUGCUGUUCAAAUCGCGAAGGCGUUUGGAGCCACUGUCAUUGCUACGGCUGGAACCAAGCACAAGCUGGAGGUCGCCAAGUCCUUUGGCGCUGACCACGUUGUUGACUACACGGACCCCAACUGGCCCCAGAUCGUGAAGAAGCUGACCCCUAAGGGCAAGGGUGUCGACAUUGUCUACGACCCCGUCGGCCUGGUGGACCUGAGCACCAAGUGCACCGCGUGGAAUGGCCGCAUCUUGAUUGUCGGCUUCGCUGCCGGUAAGAUCGAGAAGCUGGCGAUGAACAAGGUUCUCCUCAAGAACAUCAGCAUCGUCGGUAUCCAUUGGGGCCAGUAUGCUGUUCAUGAGAAGGAGACGGUCGUGACCGUGUGGCAGGGCAUCAUGAAGUUGAUUGCCGAGGGCAAGUUCAAGCCGACAGUGUUCAGCGACAAGGAGUUUGUCGGUCUCGAAAAGAUUCCGGAUGCGUUGAUCGCUCUAGGAGGUCGUGAGACUUGGGGUAAGGUGGUGGUCCAGGUCCCGCAGCAGGAAGGCAAGAGCAGGUUGUAG